AUGGCAGCCAUUUAUAGUCUUUACGACGAGAGGGAAAUCGAGCCGUGGAAGGAGGCAUUUCUGUUAUAUGACAAGAUGCUAAAACUUAAAGCCCAAAAAGAAAAGAAAGAAAAGGCCGGAAAACUUCUGGAACUUGAUUAUUGGUAAGCUGGUGAAAUAGUGCAACCAAACAAGCUCCUAAAACCUUAUACAGUGAAACCUCGUUAAGACUUAACAGCUUUUAAGCUUAUAGCUUAGCGAAUGGCAAAAUUCGAUUGCUAAAACAAGGUUUUGUGAUAUUGAGGUCCAUUUCUAUCUAUUUUUCUCUCACUGGGGCGAAGAAUUUCGUUCUUUAUACCGAGACCUUCGUCAUAAUUAGAGGUUUGUUUUUUCGAGGUUCCGCUGUAUAAGGUAAAUGGUACGUUUUGGGUGACGGGGAAACUAUCUAGCGGAAUUAAUCCCGUAACCAUUAUAUACCUGCCAACUCUCACGCCUUAGGCGUGAGUCUCACGCCUGCGGGUUGAAAACUUCGAUCUCACGCCGGCUCACGCCUGCGGGCCAAUUUCUCACGCCUGAUUGAAAAAUGUGAGUUGUUGCCGUCCUGCUUGACACAAUUUCCAAAAAUAUGUUAACUCAGACCCAUGUAAGGAACGAAAACCUUGUGUAAAAUGAAAAAAAUGGCAAUACCUUCCUCGCGAUCUCUGAUUUUUGAAGUGAAAAGCACUGGGAGCGAGCUCGCCUUUGGCAGACUUCGGACGUCUUCGGAAGACUUCGGACUUCUUCGGGAAUCUUCGGAAAUGAUCGUGUCGUCUUCAAUAAUCCCAGCACUCCCAGGAUAAAAAUCUCACGCUUAUAUCUCAGAAAAAGUUGGCAGGCAUACCAUUACUCAUGCCUCUCCCCGCAAGAACAUCAAUAACAUGGGACCCUGAAUCACCCCUAUCCUCUUUUAGUAAAAUCCAACUAGUGGCCUGUUAUCAAUGCUGCGUUCUGAUUGGUUGAGCUACUACUAGGCUAUAUGUUACAGCCUUCUAGAAGCGAAAAGUGCCGACUUUGACCAAAUCCCAAAGCAAACUUUAUUGUAAUGGGUGUAUAUCUGUCUGGCAGAGUGCAAAUGGCCAAAACUAACAAGCCGAUGCAAGUCUUAAUUAUUCAGCAGAUGAUUUUCCUAUCUGAGUAGUCAAACCGAAUAUUGAAAGCAAGUUUUGAAUAUUUGUCUUAAGUAGUAUUAUUGGAAGUAAGUUUCAAAAUAAGGAACAAUUAUUCAAGCCAAGUUUGAUAUAUAUACAGAACAAGUGUCAUAUAUUUUGGAAAAGUUUUAUAUAUUUAGAGGAAGUAUUUUUGUCUGCUUUGGCAUGUGAUAGAAAAAAGAAUUCUAAAAUAUUUCACUAUUUCAUCCUUCUUAGCUUGGGAAACAAAAGAAGAAAAUUCCUCUCGAUCAUUUCAUUAUGGUGAUAAUGAUUAUUUCUCUACUGCUUUUGUCAUUUUUUUCUUUAAAACAGAUUCACACAUUUGUGACCCUGCUAACAGUGACAUAGUGGUAAGGGGUGGGGAGGGGGGGUGAGAUUAGAGGCCUAAGAAAAGAAAAUAAAGCACUGGGGAGGGUAUGAGUAAUGGUUAUGGAAUAAAAGGAAGGCAACUAAAUCCCGUCAAAACAAAUAUAAACUCAAUCAGUAAAUCAAAAGAAAAUAAAAUAUCAAUGAAUAAUAAAUAUGUAAAGGACUUCGAUAUCGGCAGCACUUAUUGAUAUCAGUAAGUUCCCACUUUUGGCAUUUUAAAAGAAUCCUUUUAUUUUUCAAUCCAUAAUUUUCAAGUUUGUUCUUUAUGUUAUUGUGGAAUUUGUCCAUACUUAUGAAAACGAGAGGUCAGUUUACUGUUUGACGGUGAUUAUAUCAUUUUGAUAAUUUUAUACUGCAAGAAUGCACCUGUCCAAGCAAAAAAUCAACCAAUUACCAAAGAAGCCAAACACUCUUCACUCAAUCAUAGGUCCACCCAUAAUGUCCACCUAUAUGUAAUAAUUAUGGUAUAAAUAAUUAUCAUUCCCCUCUUAAAGGCAAGUUGCAUUUCUUAAAACCUGUCAGACUGAAUCAUAUCUUACCAAUAUGAAUAUUUUGCACUCCCUUCAUGUACUGUUGCUGAUUUAAAUGCACCAUGCACCGGUAAGUUUCAAAUGUCUAAAUCUAAUGAGUAUUCUUGAUCUUCAUUCUUUGUUUUGGGGUUGUAAAGCAUGGCAAUGACUGUUAUUUAGUGUUAAAUAUCUACUAAGUGUAACUAUUGAAAGGUUUCAGAAUCAGUUGCCUCAAGAAAUAAAUAAGAGAUCAGAGAAAUUUCUGACACAGGAGGAACUGAUCAAACUCAUGGAAUGGAAGCUGAUGGUAAGUUGAAAGAAAACACUAGGGUAUUUCUCUAGGUUGUAGGUGACUUUUUUUAAUUUGCAGGUGUACUAGGUUUCCUUUUUCUUGAAUGCCAACCCUAAACCUAACACCCACACCUGCUUAUAAAUGUACGUGUUAUAGGUCAAAAUUAUAUUUAUGUUAGAAUUUUUAACCUAGUUUGAUUCUCAAUAUCCUUUGUCUCCUAGCCCAAAUUCAGGAAUAAUUAGGGCUAGGAGAAAAAGGAAAUAGAGAAUUAAUUUAAUUUUGAGCUGUAACAUGUGCACUUGCAAUUUUAACUCAGUUAUAUCUCUGGGUUAGUAAAUCUCACUGAAGUAUGGGUUGGUUUAAUUCGUGGUCUUAAUUUUAUUUUUUUAUCGUUUUUGGGUAUGGAGGGUGCCAUAUAAUAAUAAUAUACUAGAGGUCCAUUAUUUAAGCUACAAAAAUGAUUCAAAUAAAAGUUUAAGCUUUUUCUCUCACUGUUCAUUAACUUUCUCAGCGUGGAAAGUUCAGACCUCGUCUUACUCAGCUUGUGCAGACUAAUGACAGUGAAACAGUCAAAGAGGUCACAAGUAAAGCCUUCAAGUGUUUACCUGACAUUAAACAGGCAAUCAAUGAAUUGACAAAGCUGAAAGCAGUGGGACCAGCAACAGCUUCAGGUAUUAAACAGUUAUUUGAAAAAUGUGCUCAUGACAAGGGCUCAAGAAAGGCCCCUCUGGUCAUCUGGGACAAGUAAAUUUUCUUGCUGAUCAGUAAGAAUGACUAGCCAAUUAUUGAAAGUUUGUCCCGGACAAAUGGUCAUUUUGGCGAGACAUUGUCUGAUGACUGGCUGUUAUUUUGAGCGCUAGAUGUUUUAUAUCAAACCUCCAGCAAGUGUAUAAUAUUUAAGCAAUCAUGAGGUAGUACAUGUAUGGUUAGAAGUUAGAGUUAGAAGUUUAGGAAUAUUUAUUCACUUUUGGCCCUCAUGAGAUUCUUAUUUUAAGGUGACUCAACCCAGUUUUUUUUUUUUGGGGGGGGGGUACCAUCCUACUUUGAAGCUCUCUGGUAUCCCCACCUUUACUUUUAUCGUAAGUCUAACACAUAGAUUGGAUAACAUAUAGAUCAAUCUACAAUAUAACAUAAAAUUUUUGGCAAUCGGAGUAAAUGUCACGUGGUUAUAAUGCCACGCCCCUUUGAGGUUUGAGUCGAAAAUCUGCUGUUGAAGGCAUUUUUUCGUGAAAAUCUCUCGGCUACACAUAGUGCGCAUUAGUGCCUUGUGCUGAACAGAGUUUCACCAAAAUCACAAAGACCCAAUUCGAGAAAUUCAGCGGUUUCCAAAUUUAGGUCAUAAUUUAUGCAAAAAUGAUAAUCAAACUUUACACGAUUAUAUCUAAUAAACUAUGAGAUUCUUCCCUUUAUUUUGGGGAUCGUUAUAACAGAUGGGUCCUUGCAAGUCAGCAAAACGCUUUAGGGCCUUGCAAAUGCACGCGAUUUCGAGCAAAGCAAACAUAUAGAAAUUAUAGUUUUCGCUAUUUGUUGACGUUUGUUGUCAUUUUUAAAAGAGUCCUUCUCACAAGAAAAGCAUUUUCUUAAAAAUUCGUAGUUUUUUUUCCUUCAAAUUUUUUCAGGGCCACAAUUGAUUAACUAACUACCCGGACUCUGAAUUUCAUGGUCAUUGAAAAACUGUGACACUAUCCUCUAUAAGCCCAAACUUGAGUAAACAUUGAAGAUUUUUAACGUUUUGGCUGAGUUUGUGCUUUGGGAGUUGUCCUGUUGUUUCUAGUCUGUCGUGAUACAGCAUUCUUGUUCAGCACGCGUGCAAUGACAACGCUUGGCUGACUUCCGAAUGCUCACUGGGAUAUGAUAAUUUAGUAUGAGAAAAUAGAAGGGAUUCCCAUCACGAGUUGGUUUAAUUAUUGGCUUACAUUAAACCUAUGAAAAAAUUAUAUUUUUUUAAUAGUUAGUAGAUUUAGUGUGUAGCUCUUCUUGAUUUUUUUGCAAAGGCACAAGAAGAACGAGAAUUGAUUAAAAAUUGUGAGUGAAACCUUUAUGUAUAAUGCGAUGGCCUGUCUCAGUGUACCCAAAUUAUCAUAUCUUGGUGAGCAUUCAGAAGUCAGCCAAGUGCGGUCAUUGCACGCGUGCUGAACAAGAAUGCUGUGUCAUGACAGACUAGAAACAAUAGACAACUCCCAAAGCACAAACUCAGCCAAAACGCUAUUUAUUUGUCACAGUUUUUCAAUGACCAUGAAAUUCAGAAUCCGUGUAGUUGGUUAAUCAAUUGUGGCCCUGAAAAAAUUUGAAGGAAAAAAAACUACGAAUUUUUAAGAAAAUCCCUUUUUCGUGAGAAGGACUCUUAAACGCUGACAAACGUCAACAAAUAGCUAAAACUAUAAUUUCUAUAUGUUUGCUUUGCUUGAAAUCGCGCGCAUUUACAAGGCCCUAAAGCUUUUUGCUGACUUGCAAGGACCCAUCUGUUAUAACGAUCUCCAAAAUAAAGGGAUAAGUCUCAUAGUUUAUUAGAUAUAAUCAUGUAAAGUUUGCUUAUCAUUUUCGCAUAAAUUGUGACCUAAAUUUGGAAACUGCUGAAUUUCUUGAACUGGGUCUUUGCGAUUUUGGUGAAACUCUGUUCAGCGCAAGGCACUAAUGCGCAAUAUAUGUAGCCGAGAGAAUUCACGAAAAAAUGCUGGCAACAGUAGAUUUUCGACCCAGACCUCAAAGGGGCGUGGCAUUAUAACCACAUGACAUUUACUCCGAUCGCCAAAAAUUUUAUGUUAUAUUGUAGAUUGAUCUAUAUGUUAUCCAUUCUAUGUGUUAGACUUACGAUAAAAGUAAAGGUGGGGAUACCAGAGAGCUUCAAAGUAGGAUGGUACUGCCCAAAAAAAACUGGGUCGAGUCACCUUAAAUAGUGCUGUACUUUUUUUUCGUUGUCAUUAAGCAAUCCUUUGUGCUGGCAGCCACAAAGUACCAUUCAUGGCAGAUGAAUCAAUACAAGCCAUUCCAGGGUUUGGAAAGAUAGAAUAUUCAUUGAAGUUCUAUCUGGAUUAUAUCGAGAAAAUAAGA